CAUCAUCAAUGGCAGGUCAACCAAAGGGCAUCGUAAGGCGUCUAUCUCAAGUCUUUGUCGAAAUUCCUUCUUCCGCAUUGCAUAAGCCUAGUAUACCAGCUACUAGCAACACCACGCAUACUGUGUCCGGCCGCAAAGAAAACGCGUUGCGUGCAUCCAUCUCUCAAAACACCAUCAUGAACAAGUCGCCCAAACGCAAAUCGGACGAAACUCUUGACAAGCUGGUAAAGAAAUCGAAGGUUGACACUACAGUUAUCAAGCCAACCGCUACGCGUCGUCCCCUCCCGAACGCUACCCCCGACUUCCCAAACGGCUUUGUUUAUUGUCAUCAAUGUAGCAAGAAGCGCGAUGCAGCUCUCGCCAUCCAAUGCACGCGUGAAGACGCGAAAUCUAAGCGACGGUGCAACACCAAGUACUGCGGCCCCUGUCUCAAGAACCGCUAUGGAUUCACGCUUCAGGAUAUCUUGUCCACCAGUACUGUCCCGGCAGCCGAGAAAAAACGCCAUGUAUCGGGCGAGGGGUACUUUUUUAGGUGCCCCCGAUGCGAGGAGACUUGUAACUGCGUUCACUGCAGAAAGGCAAAGGGCCUUCAGCCCACGGGGAACCUCACCGUCGCAGCGCGUAAAUCAGGGCUCCAGUCAGCCGCAGAACUUCUUAUGCAGGAUCCAACUGCGGCUAUCCACCAAGAAUCCUGCACAUAUAUCCACUCCUGCACCUCUUCCAGCCCCGAAGCCCCUUCCCAAGUUCUCUGGACACCGGUCCGUACUCAUCUCUCCCUACAGGGAGCGGAAGCCCGUAUCUACAUCCGUGAAUUUGCACUUCGUUUUCUCCCCCUGUCACGCUCACACCACGACGAGCUCGAGGUUCUUUCCCGCUCUCAACGAGAUUUUGACGAGGAGGAGGAGGAGGAUGGCGAUUUAGAAAUUUGGGUCUCAGAGGGAUGCGUGAAAGCACUACUGAUUGCAUUGUUAGGCAUGAUAGAAGUAGACGCCAAGAUCCUUUCCACAACAGCCAACGCGCUCCAUCAACAGGCGUUCCUCUUCAAGAUCGUUAACACCCUAAGCACCUUGAGCACACUCCCUUCCCUCGCUCUCCCGUCUCCUACACCCGCCCCUGAGCACCUCCUUCAGAACGCGCCGACCAUUAGAACCCGUUCCGCCCGCACUUCGUCUCAUGCCAAAGAAAUGGGCAAGGAGGCAGACUGGCCCGAAGUAGUUCGCACCUCACAACUCAUACCUAUUGUCAGCGUCCUUGUAGACCACGCAUCACAAGGACAGGCGAUCAGGGAUGCAUUAGAGGAAGGCGCAAAAGACGCAAAAGAAUUGACAAGGGAAAGGAAAGCAGGCGCCAGUGCCAAGGAGAAGGAGAAAGGCGGCGCCAAUGUCCAGGAAAAAGAGAAGGAUGCGAAGGGCUUAGAGGACACACCGACGCAUACACUGACCCCUCAGACGGCCUUGACCAUUGCCUUAUCCUCCUGCGCCCAACGCAUCAUACCACUAGGUCGGGACUCAGAAGGCAGGGUAUAUUGGGCUCUGACGCCAGGACGAGGAGAGAGAGAUAAUUCACGCGAGUACCUUACCUCCAAUAUUGAAGUUGGGGAACGGGACGAAGGCGCCAGGACUAAGAGCCAUAAAGCCAAGUCGAGGUCACCAUGGACUCCCCCCUCCCUUUCAGAACGUGCAUCAAACAGACGAUGGAGCUGGUUCAUAGCUGUGUGGGGCGUGCGGCCUGGCAUUGAAGAGAGAAUAGAUCCGCCAAAGGAUGAGGACUGCUCAGAAGAUGAUUCCGAGUCUGAGUCUGACCUUGAUUCUGAAUCGGAUGAGGACGAAGACAAGAGCAAGAGGUCACAGAAGAAGACCGAACGUCCCAGAUGGUAUGCCUUCUCAGAUCCUGCAGAAAUUUUCAAGCUUGCGGAGUGGGUCGAGCGGAAAGCUGGACUUGAAUCGCGUUCCAGUUCCUCGGAAAAGUCAAAACCGCGACCUGUAUCAGCCUUACCUUUUCGUGCAGCAUCUGCAUCGCUGUCCCAUGCGAUCUUGUCUUCAAACACCCACACGUCGGCAUCCACUUCCACUGCAGCUUCAUCCUUUGAUUCGUCCUCCAAUAAACUUAACAAAGCCUCAAAAAUUGCCGCCUCGCUCUUAGUUGAUGAGGAAAUGGUUUCGUCAUCCGAGGCCGACGAAUUUGAGUCCAGCAAUGAAGACCAGACCGAGGAUGGUGGUGACAAGCGGGAUGAUGACAUGGAUGUGGAUUCACCCAUAGACUUCGAUGACACGCCCCGUGUGCUGCAGCUCCAGUCACUUGUUCGUGAACUCCGAGCGUAUGCUGUGCUAUUGAAGAAUCGAGCGUAAGCAUAGGCUGGGGUGUUUUUUGGACCGCCUACGCACCAUUUCGCCUGCCCUCCAACUGACUUUGGACAUCCACCGUCGCUUCAUCUCCCCCUGUAACAUGCCUCGUUUGUCUCCAUUUUAUAAUUGGUCGGUGUCUUACCUUUACCCCAUUACAGCUAAUUGGCUACUUUGUUGCCUUGCUCGACCAUUUGUCCCCAUUCAUUAUACCUUACGAGAUUCCGCAUCUGCUGCCCUCUUUCCACCGCUAUCGUCUUUUCGUUAAUUUAUUGACUUUCCAUUGCCUAGCAUAGACAACGAUACACCUGAUUAUAUUUUACAUUGCACAGACUUGGGUGUGUUGAUCGGUAGACUCAUUUUUUCUGUUCACGUUUAUACAUAGAAUAUCGAUAGCUAUCCCGCCACAUAGUGUCGGGCGAUGUUGACGCAUAAUACCUUACUUAGGGACUUAAACAAGUUUGGAACAUUGAGAACCUUC